AUUUGUUCAAUGAAUAUUGAUGGAACAAGGAAAUGAGUAAUGUACAUGGAAACAGUUACCUUUUAGAAAAAAAAAAAAUAGAAAAAAUGAAGAAACAAUUACAAGCCCAAGAGCUCGCUAGCUUAUAAAAGCCAGACUCCAUGCACCUAUCUUGAAGGCCUCAAGGUAACUAAAGGAAAAAAACCCAUCCUUGUCUCAAUGGGUCAUCAUAAUGUUCACAAUCCUCAUCCUCAUGGUGUUCUUCGUAAUUCCCAUCAUCUCCACGAUCAUCGUCGUCGUUUCUCUGAUCAAAACGGCCUCAGCAGGCAAGCACCAGUUGUAGUGGUAAUGGUGCCCUUUCCAGCACAAGGCCACCUCAACCAACUCUUACACUUGUCCCGUCUCAUAUCGGCCUAUGGCAUUCCCGUCCACUAUGUGGGCUCUGCAACUCAUAAUCGCCAAGCAAAGGACCGUGUCCAUGGCUGGAACCCUCUAGCCAUACCUAACCUCCACUUCCAUGACUUCCCCAUGCCACCAUUCCACAACCCUCCGCCCGACCCACAUGCCCCCAUCAAGUUCCCUGCCCAUCUCCAACCCACCUUCGAUGCCUCGUUGCAUCUCCGUGGACCCAUCGCUGCACUUCUGAGCUCGCUCUCUACUCUCACCAACAGGGUUGUCGUUAUCCACGACACUCUCAUGGCAUUUGCUGUUCAAGAUGUCACUUCCCUCUCCAAUGCCGAGGCCUAUGCCUUUCACAGUGUCUCGGCCUUCGCCAUUGUUUUCCACUUGUGGGAGAUCCUCGGAAAACCCACGGACGGAGGGAUUGUCAUUCCAAACGGAGUACCUCAUCACUCACUCGAAGGAUGCUUCACCGCCGAAUUUGUGAAUUUCAUGGCUCGUCAGUAUCAUUUGAUGAAAUUCGACGUGGGUGAUCUCUACAAUACCUGCCGGCCCAUCGAAGGCAGGUUCAUGGAUCUAUUGACUCAAGAGAAGCUCAACGGGAGAAAGAAAAUAUGGGCAGUUGGGCCAUUGAACCCAGUAAUCCUCCAUUCGGCAAAAGAAUCGCCUCGUCGUCGCCGGCACAAGUGCUUGGAAUGGUUAGACAAGCAACCAGCGCAAUCAGUACUAUAUGUUUCAUUCGGGACCUUGACGUCACUACCGGACGAUCAGAUCAACGAGCUUGCAGUUGGAUUAGAGCGUAGCAAGCAACGUUUCAUCUGGGUGUUAAGAGAAGCGGACAGAGGAGAUAUUUACGAUGAAGGCCUAGGGGUGGAAGCUAGGAGAACUCCACUUCCAAAAGGGUACGACUAUUACGAGGGGGAGGGGAGGGUGGAAGGUAGGGGACUAAUACUUAGGGACUGGGCUCCACAGCUAGAGAUCCUGGCCCACCCAUCAACGGGUGGGUUCCUGAGUCACUGUGGUUGGAAUUCAUGCAUGGAAAGCCUCAGCAUGGGCGUGCCAAUGGCAGCUUGGCCAAUGCACUCAGACCAGCCGAGAAACACCAUGCUUGUGACUCAGGUAUUGAAGGUGGGCCUUGUUGUCCGAGACUGGUCACGGCGGCACGAACUGGUUUCUUCGUCCACCAUAGAAGAUGCAAUCAAGAAGCUGAUGGCGUCAGAGGAAGGGGAUGACAUGAGGAAGAGAGCUGAAAAACUAGGCGGCACCGUUCGCCAAUCGAUGUCGGAGCAGGGUGGGACGUCUUGUGCUGAGCUAGAGUCCUUCAUCGCUCACAUCUCUAGAUAGUAGAUAGAGCGAGUGGGGCUGGCGCUGCAGUUACUUACUGUCCAUGAACUAAUCGAGGUGCCGUGGAGUAUUUGGUCAGAAAGGUUACUUGGGACCUAUCAUGCAUUUCACUGUUUUCGAUCAGGAGAGACUGGUUUCAGUGCCACAAAUUUGUAAUGAUUUGUCACAUUCAAUGAGAGAAAUGCAUAUAAAACCCCUAAAAUUAAUUAAUUCUAGUGAUACCAAAUGUUCUGGACGGGUUGGUAAAGGUGUGGUCUAGUCAUUUUGAACAAAAUGUUCCAGUCUGAAAUAUGCUACAGUAGCGAUUCUACUGUUGCUUGUUGCUUGUCGGUCUGGA